UGUCACAGCACAGGAAUCUCUUUCGCAUUGUUCUGUCUUUCAACAUCCUUCCCUUUCUUCUUCUCCCCACCUAACCUCGCUAUUUAAAAGUAAAACUCCCCAUUUUCCUGUUCUAUUCGAAUCCCUAAACCGACCUCCCCAAGGCCAUUGCGUUCCGCUGCUCAUUGCAGGGAUUCGCGUUCUCUAGCUAGAAAAUAGUCGUGAUCUCGAGUUGGAGAAGCCUGCUUGCGAGGUAAUCGGAAAUCGAAAGUCGGAAAUCUAUAGAGAGAAGAGCACAGAAGAGCAAGGUGUAGCAACUUUGAUGCAUCGUUAAGUGAGUUGCGACCCCAGGGAGGCGAUGCUUGAUUGGUUGCACUGGAGGGAGGAGAGUGGUCUUCCAUGAAGGUACUGUGCGAUGUUUGCGAGAGGGCAGCGGCGGCAGUGGUCUGUUGUGCCGACGAGGCGGCUCUCUGCUGGGGCUGCGACGAGAAGAUCCACGCCGCCAAUAAGCUUGCCGGGAAGCACCAGCGAGUGCCCCUGCUCCUUGCCAGCUCCAACUCUGCUGCCGCUACUAAUUCAUCUUUGCAAAUCCCUACUUGUGAUAUUUGCCAGGAGAAACCUGGGUAUUUCUUCUGCUUGGAGGACCGAGCAUUGCUGUGUCGACAGUGCGACGUGGCCAUCCACACAGCCAGCCCCCACGCUUCUUCGCAUCAGCGUUUCCUGAUCACUGGUGUGCGAGUUGCACUCGAACACCAUCGCACCCAUGGUUUCGACAUUAACAACAGUGGCAGCGACGGCAACAGCACAAACAGUAACAACAGCAGCAGCAGCAUCCCUCUUGCAUCCCUCGUGCCCACUGAUUCCAUUGCAGACAAGAAACUUCAAGAGGAUUUUAAGACGCAGUGGCCUUGGAAUGAGUUUCUCGACAGUUUCGAAUUCGAUCCUUACGGGUUAUCGGGGCCAGGUUCAUCCAGCUAAAACCCGAUCCAGGGAAGUUGAACGAAAUGAUUGGAAGUUGUUUAACCGUCCGAUUGAUCCUUUCUUGAAUCUUGACUGCUUUUAAUUUUGUAUUAAAAAAUUAUACCUUUUUAUAUAAAAAAACAUUUAUCAUGUACUUAAAAUUUAUCUAUAAAUACUAACGCAAUAUAAAUUAUAAA